UUGAUCGAGCUAGCUAGGUCUCUAAUAAUCCAGCAGCUUGGCAACAAACACACACGAUCACGGCGACAAUGGCCGCAGGCAUGGUGGUAGCGAAGGCUGCCGUCGUCACCACCACGACCACUGCCAGCGGCUGGAGCGCGACGACGCUGCCAGGCAGCAGCGGCGGUGACGACGGCCAGAAGGCGACGAAGGUGACGACAAUGACGAAGACCACCGUCGCCGAUGUUGUUGUCGACGAGGACGAGCUGUUCGAGCUCGACAUCGCACUCCUCGACAGCCGCGACGACGACCACCAUCACUGUGCGGCGGCCCGCCGUCCUGCUGCCGGCGGUGCUGACGACGACGACGCUGCCACCGGGCACGCACUGUUGGCUAACUGCCUGCUGCCGCUGCGGUCGGUGAGGAACGCGGUGCCGGUGGCGGCGAGCGGCAGGCUGUCGUCGUCGUACCCUUACUCCGGCUACUACAGCUCCAGGAGGCUCUUCACGCCCCGCAGCAGCAGCAGCAGCAGGAGGUUCCUUUUCCUUGGACGGUCAGCUGGGAAUAAUUCUUCCGCGAGGCUUUGCUUCUCCAGCAGAGGCUUCGAAGCCAUGGGGAACUACUUUCAGAGGUACUGAUCGAGUUUUCAGAGACGUCGAUCGAGAAACAAUCAUAUCUAUACACUAAACUAUAUUAAUAGUGAGAGAGGAGCCCUCUAAGUACAUUACCGAUCUGUAUUAAAAUCAGGUAGCUAGUAGUAAUAUAUCACACUAUUGUAUAGUACACCGUCAUUGUCUGGUAGAGUGGUAGUGACUAGUGAGAGGACAGGGCCCAAAAUUUUCAUUUGCUAGUUUUAUUGGUUCAAACCACACUGGUUCUUGCUCUCAGUCAUCGCCGUCGCCAAUCAUCGCCAACAAAAUAUUUUGUGUAGCAGCUGCUAUAACAGUGUGGUGAUACCCUAAUAACAACUGUGUUGUCCUUAUCAAUAAAAGGAGCACCAUUUUUGCUA